CACUUUCAAACGGCGGCCCCCAACCGAAUUAUGCUAUUACAAUGUUGUUGAUUGUUGUGUAAAUAUUGGGAUCACAUAACCCCGAUGUUUACCGAUAACCCACGAACUGCACUCCGGGGGUAGCCCUUGAUCCGAAAAUCGUCGUGUGUUGGGCCACCCGACACUGAAACAAGUUAUCUGGGAAUGUACGAACAAAGUGCCCCCUCAACCGUGGCUGCAUUUAAACAACAACUUUCUCUCUGGGAGCGGGUGUGAAUAAUGCUUCUCGAUCCUAGUCUGUCAUGACAAUCGGAUAAAAAAAAACGGCAUUCACCCAACCACAGGGUGUACAGAACUGGUGCGAGUGGAUCCAUCACACAGAGCAACUCCCGCUCCCGCCACUCAAUACAGAGCAGACGACUCCGUGGAUGAAAGUGCCAGCGCGUGUUUCUAAGGGAACAAGUUCUGAAACAGCAGCUGCAGGACAAGAACCCCCACAAGAUGGAGAACCUGAGUCAGAUACCCACCCUGGGGGACCAGCGUCUCUGCCACAUCCACCGCAAGGUGUCCCGUGCCAGGAAGAACAUCAUCGUCCACAACGAGAAGAUAAAGAUGAGGAGUGACAUCUUCGCCAAGAGCAUCGAUCGACAUAAGCAGACGGAAGACUUCCUGGGCUGGCAACGAAGCCUCCCGAUCAAGAAGUCCUUGGUGGAGAAGAGAGGUCUACAGAAGUGUUUAAGAAGGAAGCGCGAGGCAGCUUCCCUCACUAACCACCAAACGCUGCUGUUUGGUAUGUAUGGCGGGGAAGACCUGGCCUCCUUCAGACCUGAGAUUCAGUCAGUCAUCGAUCGAAUGCAUCCUCGUCAACGACGGUUGAGGAAGGUGGAACAGAUGAAGACGGAGGGGAAGGCGACAGGACGUCUUGUUGACUAUGGUCAAUCAAUGGACAGGUUCCACACACUAAUGGACGACCACUACUCGUUUCUGAGGUCCAGUUUUGAGAAGCUCCGAGAAAAUGAUCGCAGCACCACACCAGCCUACCUCACGCGAAGGCGGAGCACAUUUCGGUUACCGCCUUUAGCAAACAGUAGGGUUCCUAGGUUCAACUCCAGACAGCAGACGACAAAUGUUUUGGACCAUCUACCCAUUGUGUCCACUCACAGACGGAACAUUGUGCAGGGCGAUAGUGACCUUGAACCAGUGGUUCCGAGAGCCAACACAAUUGUGUCGUAGUUGGUCAACUACCGCGAGGACGUUAGAAAACCACACGAAGUUACCUUGGUAGAUCUAUUGUGCCACGGUUGCCAUGGACACGUUUUCACGGUAGACUUUGUCAUUCUGUUUGAAAUAACUACUUUACAGUCUGUAAGGAUGUUAAUUCUCUCACAGGGGAUAACCACGCUUACAUUAUCAAAAUGGUCGCCCUACGUCACUAUCGACACCACCUCGUAUUGAUAAGCCAUGAAUCGUAAUAGUCUCAAUCUGGGAAGAAGGAAGGUGCGACUCCUAAAGGGUGAAGCAUAACAGACCAAACUGCAGGGGCAAGUCUUGUUUAAUGACACAUUAGUGCCGAUACAAGGCUGACCCAGUGACCGUGGUGUGUCUACCAGGGCCAUGGGUGUUUGUUA